CGGGAGACGGAGAAAGCCUGAGCGAGCGACUAGCGGAGAGCUGCAUGCAACCGGUGGGAGGCCGGCCUCGCUGGCUCUGCGGCUCGGGCUGGGAGCGUGGACCGGCCCGCGGCGGCGGCGGCGGUAGAGGCUCUGAGCUGGCAGGCGGAGGGCUUUCUCCCGCGCCCGCCUGCCCGGCGCGGUCCGAGAAUGCGGGGGGGCGAUGCCCGGGGCCAGGGACGCGCUCUGUCACCAGGCGCUGCAGCUGCUGGCCGAGCUCUGUGCCCGAGGGGCCCUGGAGCACGACAGCUGCCAGGAUUUCAUCUACCACCUGCGGGACCGUGCCAGACCCCGACUCCGCGACCCAGAUAUCUCUGUGAGCCUGCUAACCCUUGUGGUUACUGCCUGUGGUCUUGCCCUCUUUGGUGUCUCUCUCUUCGUGUCUUGGAAACUGUGCUGGGUUCCAUGGCGGGAGCGAGGCCUGUUCUCUGGUAGCAAAGACAACCAAGAGCCUCUUAACUGCACAGACACAGAGACCAAUGAGCAGGAGAACAGCGAGGACUUCCUAGACCCACUCACACCCUGCCCUGACUCCUCCAUGAAGAUCAGCCACACUUCCCCCGACAUUCCCCUUUCCACCCAGCCAGGUGGCCAAGAGAACUGUGCCCAUGCCAUCCGUGUGCAGCGACAAGUCACAGAGCCAACGCCAUCAGCUCGGCACAAUUCAAUCCGAAGACAACUCAACCUGUCGAAUCCAGACUUUAAUAUCCACCAGCUUCAGAGGCAGGAGCAGUUGACUGGGAUUGGUAAAAUUAAACCAGAAUUAUAUAAGCAGAGGUCACUGGACAAUGAUGACGGGAGGAGGAGUAACAGCAAAGCCUGUGGAAAACUGAACUUCAUUUUAAAAUAUGACUGUGACUUGGAGCAGCUCAUUGUGAAGAUCCACAAAGCUGUCAAUUUGCCCGCCAAGGACUUCUCCGGGACAUCAGAUCCUUAUGUGAAGAUCUACUUGCUUCCUGAUCGGAAAACAAAACACCAGACUAAAGUUCACAGGAAGACCCUGAACCCUGUAUUUGAUGAGGUGUUUUUAUUUCCUGUUCCCUACAAUGACCUUGAAGCUCGGAAGCUUCACUUUUCUGUGUAUGACUUUGACAGGUUCUCUCGCCAUGACUUGAUUGGGCAAGUGGUGGUGGACCACUUCUUCGACUUGGCUGAUUUCCCCAGGGAGUGCAUCCUCUGGAAGGAUAUCGAGUAUGUCACUAACGACAAUGUGGAUCUGGGAGAACUUAUGUUUUCACUCUGCUAUCUUCCAACGGCUGGCAGGCUGACCAUCACCAUUAUAAAAGCAAGGAAUUUAAAGGCAAUGGACAUAACAGGAGCAUCAGAUCCCUACGUGAAAGUCUCACUGAUGUGUGAUGGCCGGCGACUGAAGAAAAGGAAAACAUCCACCAAGAGGAACACGCUUAAUCCCGUUUACAAUGAAGCCAUAGUCUUUGACGUCCCUCCUGAAAGCAUCGACCAGAUUCACCUGUCCAUAGCUGUCAUGGACUAUGACCGUGUAGGUCACAAUGAGGUCAUUGGCGUGUGUCAAGUAGGCAACGAGGCUGAGCGGCUGGGCAGAGACCACUGGAGUGAGAUGCUGUCAUAUCCUCGGAAGCCCAUUGCACACUGGCACUCUCUGAUGGAGAAACGGUGACUGUGGAUAAGAAGACUGCUUGUGCCAAGGACACAGUUGGACAACUAUGUAACAAAGAUCUUAAGUAACUUUUCCCACCUAGCGACACCCAGACGACUCAGUGAUGAAAUACUCAGCUGUCACCGCAGCAAUAACUGGCCCUCUUUCCAAACUGGAUGUGGUGAAUCUGAAUGGUCCAUAUCUUCUUCAGGUGGCCCAAGCUCAUGUGCUCUAGGGAAGCUCAUCCUCACUGUCAAAAACCAGAUUGGACUCUGGAAGAAAGCAAGUGGCAUAGUGAAAGUCCUGAGUGCCAGGAGUCUUAGUGCUAACGUAAGGCCUUUAGUUGUAUGGACAUGAUACUGGUCCCAGUAGUGGUUAGUCCAUGAUCCAAUGCCCUGGAAAGACAGAAUCUUUCUAAAAAUACAUCCAGGUGCUAAAUAGGCAGCAGAUUUCAUUCAAACUCUGCUACAUGUGAGCUAAUGACUGUCUUCAGAGAAUAAUUCCACCCCAAAAAGUGCUCCAGUUUUCUAAGGAAUGGCCAAGAGAAUACUAGGCCAGGCAAGCCUGGAGGAAGUCUCAUGAAAGGCAGGUUAGUUCAUAGCAAACUCACUGUCCCCUCCCAUGCACAUGGCAGAGUCCCACUUAGCCAUGGCCAGCUAAACCAAGAUUCUGGGAUUCUAGACCAUUGUUUCCGGGUAGCCAGCAGCCACCUCAUUUCUAGCGAUGACAUUCCUAGAAUGGGACGUGUCAUACUUAUUAGAGAAUCAUACCUCUCAAUGGCAUGCAUGUGCAUUCUGGAAUAUUCUUUCCUGGGCACAGGAGUGUGUGUUAUAACUGAGAGAUGACACGGGAUCCACUAAAGACACAGACAGCUUUUGGACUUUCUUGACAUGACUACCUUCUGGAUAUUUCCAUAUGCAGCAGCCCAGAAUAUAGACUUGGGGAGCCAUAGAUAGAGGCUCUUUCUCACUUCAGACAUAUCACUUUUGCAGCACUUAGGGAAUGGAAAUCCUACAAGAAUGAAGGCCAAGGGCUGUCCCAGGGUAGCUCAUCCAUUACCCAGCAUCCUUCUCAGCCAGUCUACUGCCAAUUCUACACCUCAUCCUUCUUGCUUCUCCCUCCAUGAAAUGAAACCAAAGGCCUCAGCAUACCCUGGAUGGAUCGGGAGCUGUUACCUAGAGGUCCUCAUUGUGGGUGCAAAGUACCUUCUCCACACACCUGCAUCACUACUCCAUGAUUGCACUUACCUUUCAUACAGUCUCUGUAACAGAAUCCAGAGUUGGGUUGCAGUUAACCAUCCUGGAAACAGCCUUCUCUUCAUUUCAAUUCACAUUUCAGUGUGGAUUGCACUGGAUAGACACAGCAUCAUGACAUGUUAGUGGAAAGUUCUGGUUGCCAUGCACACCUAGUACAAGAAAUCCUGCUGCCAGUGUCAGAUCUUGUCAGAUCUUAAAAGGGCGGAGGCCUUUGGUUGUGUACGGCAAUGUUAAUUCACUCAAGCUUAGUGUAUUUCCCAGCCUGCCUCAUCCAUUCCCAUCUCUUUCCAACUUCCAUUUGCAGGGGGUUCAAAGGGAACCCCAAUCCUGCCUAUGUCUGAUCAAACGAGAAAAACACACCUUCCUUUCUUUCCACCACGGGUCCCCUCUACACAAUCCCUUCCCAUUCAAACAUCCUCCAUCUUACCAGUGUUUAGAACCAAAGCAUGAAGGGUGCAUGCCAACAGGAUAGUGAACAGAAAUACUGUCACUAGAUCCGGGCAGAUGCGCCUAGAAGAAUGGUCCCAAAGAAAGAAUGGCUCCAGCAAAGGAUUAUCAGGCAGCCAUUUUGUUAAGCUUUGACAUGCCCUUGGCAACGGGAGCUCAGGUUGGAGAUGCUGAGAUAGCCUUUUGAUCCCAGCUCAGGAAAGAUCUCCUUGCCUUGAGCUAGCAGUCCUGGGGUAUGAGUGAAUAAGCUACUGGCUCAAAGGUCGCUCUGCUGGGGCAUUCGGUCAAAGACGACUGCCCACAUGGUGAGCAUAUGGCUUUGUGUGUGGAUAGCUUUACCUAGCCAGUGCAGUUGUGGCCAGAAGCUGGCUAUCAAUUUGAAUUCCCUCAGCUCAUUUGCAACUCUGCCUCUGUUCUCUUGUGUUUUGUUUGGUUGCCCUUUAGUUUCCUAGUAAAUAUUCCUUUUGAAAAAUAAAA